AUGACACUCAUGGUCACAGAUCAGAAGGCCUCCAUUGCUGCUUUGAUUGAAAGUUGCGAGUUGAAGCUUGAAAAUGUCUUGCGUGACCAGCUUUCUUUGAUAGAACCGGACAAUAUGUUGAAAGCGAUGAGAUUGGGGUAUUGCGGGAUUGUCAGAUUCCAACUUAUAAUUCCUAAUGGAUGGAAAUUUUUAGAUAAAGAUGAGGAUGUUUUGGGUUUGGGCAGGUGGGUCAACAAGCACAAAGUGUUUGAUGAGUAUGUUGAACACACCAGAGGAAAUGUCCUUGAUCAGAGCCAAGCAAAGUCAAAUUGUAUUCCAAUUGCACAACAGUUUGAUGGGAGAAAUAAUGUGGGGCUGUAUGAGGAACACUCAGACAACUCGACUUCAGAUGAUGAGUACUUCUAUGACAGUGAGUAUGAUUUGGAUGAAGUAAAGUUACAUGAUACAAUGGUUGAUAAAGACGUGUGA